AUCCAUUUCAAUAUGGCGCAAUCCUCAGAAUUGUGUUCAGUUCUUUUAAAAGAUAACUGUUCGUUCAAAGACGAUUGACAGUUAUAAUGUUAAUCAUAAAUCGCAUUAUAAAUACCUGAAAAGGUUGAUUAGUUUAUUUUAAUCGUGUAACGUAUGUUUCUUUGGACAGUUUAGUGGAUUUCAUUAAAAGAUGGGAGGAGCUGUACCGUCUUGUUUGAAAAAUCACCACGAAGUUUCUCCCCAAGGAUCAUUCCAAACUGUUCCUAACACAUUUGAAUUAAUUUCCCUUCCGUCCAUUCGACCUAUAUUUUUUUGUGUUGAAGAUAGUAAAGAAGUUACAGCUCUUAUUUCAUCUACAACCGCAGUUAUUAACGAAAAUGAUAUUAUAAUAGAUAAAUUUGAUAAAUACGUGGAGAUUCACGUCAUUAUUAGGGAUUCGGAAGAUACUGUAGAAAAGCCCUACAGCGUAACUAUACAUCGAGAUUUCUACGAUAAUUUUACAAUACAAACAGUAAAGCAGCAUAUAUUCGUUAAGGAAAAUCAUACAAGUCUAGAAUUGGAUGUAAUUGAUAUACGAUUUAAGAAGAAAGAGACAACUACAAAGAAAAGAAAAACAGAGCCACCUCUUCCCUUAUGCAUGAGCUUAGACGACAGUGAUGAGUGGAAUUUCAGUGAUUUAGAUUUUAAAGCCUAUACACCUGUGCCUUAUUCUCUUAGACACAACGAUGAUAGAGUGAAAAAUGGACAAGUUUUUAACGUAAUCAUUAAAAUGUAUCCGGACUUCGAUAGGAGCUUUACAAACAACUUUCUAAAUGCCGAUAUUGGUGAAAGGUUAAAAGUGAGUAAUUUCUCAGGAACAUUUGAUAUUAGAGUCAUAAAAAAUGCAGAGAAGAUUUAUAUGUUGGCCGGUGGCACUGGAUUUACUCCGCUAGCUUCAAUAAUACAUUAUUGUUUUAAUUUUCAACAACAAACGAUUAUGAAUCUAAUGUACUUUAAUAAGAGAGAACGGGAUAUAAUAUGGAAAUAUCAAUUAGAUCAAAUGAAUCAUGAGGUUGAAAACUUUAACGUUGUUUACGUCUUAACUGAGGAAGAAAAUUGGACAGGUAAAAAUGGUACUGUUGUAAACGAAGCUAGAGGUUGGUUACCCCACGACCAAAAAGGUGUAUUCAUUAUGGCUUGUGGUCCCGAUUCGUUCAAUCGAGAAAUAAAAUGGUCUGGUUAA